GCAGAAAAUAUGUACAAAAAUAAUGAAUUUCACAACCCAGGGUUUUGACAGUAGGAUGGGUCAAAAUUAGUUGUCUCUUGUAAUGUUUUAAUGUUAAUACACCUAAUAUAUUAUAUGAAGCAUUUCAUCAGUGUAUGCAUGCAUGUAUGAGGACAUUGAAGUUGUAAGAGCACAUCUUGUUCUAUACUUUUGCUGAAUGUUGAAAUUUAGCUUAGAUAUUCAGAGCAGGAAGUGUUUUUUAGAUUUGAUAGCCCUUGGGAGAAGUGAUAAUGUUUCACCAGUACUCAGGUGAACGAUAAGGCCUAUGGAUCUAUUGUUUAUAAGUAGGUCAAAAUUAAUAUCGAGGUUGAAAUAUCAAUAAGACUCUGAAAGUCUAGUAAAUGACAAUGUUUCUGAAAAUGAAUUCAGUUGAAGUCAAAUUGAUUCUGAGACCAAGCCCUUUGUUUUGGGCUUACAAAAAUACGAAUAAAUGUAACAUUGUGCGAAAACAACAGGUAAUGUGAUGUAUAUAAAUCUUUGUCGUACGAAAUAUACUUCUUCUAAAUAUUUAUCAGCAAAAUAAAUCUUGCUCGACAAUAGAAAGUCGUUUUGGGUGCUGGGAGGAAAAUAGUUUUGGAAAUAAGGCUUGUACCAGGGAUUUAGAAAAUACCAAAGUACUAUCUUCUUGAUUGUAAAGCUUGUGAUUCGUUUGGGGUUUUCGUUUUGCUGUAUAAUACACGGUCUUUAUACAGCAUACUAUCAAUUAACACGAUUCCUAUUGCAGUGUUACUCACGUGAUUGAUACAUUAUCUGUCUCCUUGACCUCUCAAUAAUUUGGAGAACGCGUUUCCGUACACAUAAAAUAGCAUUCUUCUUUUCUGGUUUAUUGAUCAACACAUAUUCUAUUUUUGAUUUGUUGUUAUUUUGUUUUUGUUGUUCAAUAGCAGGAUGUAAUAUUUAUAAUUAUGGUCUGAAAUAGACUCGAGGAUAGUUGACACAAGGAAAUAUCUACGCAAUUAAAUUUAGAAACCGAGGAAAUUGAUAUAAUCGUAUUUGCUUUUACGCUAGUACUUGUAUAUUUUUGAAUUACUAAUUAAUAUAACAUAUCCUGGGAAUGAGAAUUCGAUGAUUUGAAAUCUUUUACAAUAAAAUAAUCAUGCAGUAUAUUGGUGUGUGUGCAAUAUUUGUUUUCUGUGCACAUGUACAAUUUACCAUUUGUAGAUCAAAGGACUGUGAGAAUGGGAAAUGCUGUUCAGGCUACAAAUGGAAUGCUACAACUGACAUGUGUGUUGAAUGUGACAUCGGAUAUUAUGGACCUAAUUGUUCACUAAAAUGUCCAUUUCCCUUCUUUGGAUCAAGAUGCAAUUCUACGUGCACAUGUUCAAAUGAGAGUUGCCAUUUUGCAAAUGGAUGUGCAGACGUUAUUAGAUCUACAGUUAUAGCAAACGAAUCACAAGAGAGAGACGUCAAGCACAGGUCCACACCAGCUAUAAAUCCCACAACAAAGAAGAGGGUUACAAAACGAAAAGAUGUGAGACCACAAAUCCAUGGACACGGGGGUAGUGUAUUACGAACUAGCAUUUUUCUUGUCUUUGGAUUGUUUUCCGUAACCUUGAUCUGUUACCUCUUAACAUAUAGCAGAUACAGUAAGCUGCUUUGCGCCAAAUCUUUUUCCACAACAGCAGAUAUGCAUCCUUUGGAGAUACUAGAGAUCAAUGAGGAAGAGGAUUAA